AUGUCAAGGAAAGCCGAGAUCAGUUCUCUCAACGCCAGGCUCAAAGCGAUCGAGGAAAACGACUUAAGGAGGCGUGAGGAGAACGAUCGAAUAAGGAGAGAGGAGAUCUAUGAGCUGCUCGGUCAACUGCACAUUCUACUUGAUGACAGCGAGAACAAACCCGAGAAGUGUGAUUUGAAGGAUGAGGUGCCGACUAAACACAAACAACUGUCAAACUCCGAUGACUUAGACCUAGGAGAUGUUCUCAGGUCGGUAACCGCACAAGAUUCUGUCUCCUCUCGCAAAGCGCCCAGAAUAUGCAGGUUUUAUAAAGUGGGUAAUUGUCGGUUUGGUUCCGGGUGUCGCAAUAUCCAUACAAUGCCCCUCCGCGAGAUCUCUAGUGCCUCAAGCUACUACACGUCCCAAGCGAGAUCUACAAUCACAAAACAAACUUCCACAAGCGUCCCACGCGAACACAAUUUUGCUGCCUUGUUGCCCACAAAAGACCCCAGACUCCGAGAUUCCAUUCCAGUAAACAAGUACGGAGAGCGUGUUGAUCCUUAUGUGGAGAAGCCUGCAGAAGCUAUAUGGGAGCCGUACAUCCGACAAGUCAAACGAAUCAGACUUUGCAACGCUUACUAUUUGACUGGAAGGUGCACCGCUAAAGAAUGUAACUACUAUCACGGACGGCUAAAGUUCGAUCCCGUGGACGCGAUCAGGUACCAGCUCAAGACGGAGAGAUGCAACAAGCGGGCACGCUGUCGUCGUUUAGACUGCCUUUAUGGUCAUCAUUGCCAAAGUCUAUCCUGCGAUGGCGCAAAGCUUUGCCGAUUUGAUCAAUACACUCACACACAAGACCUUAAGGUGGUUCGCUGGGAAACACCCGAUGGCCGCACUGCGCCGGACGAGUUGCAGGAAAAUCGGGUGCUGCCGGACACCUCUGGUUUGAACAUCCCAGAUGGUCUGUUGAUUCUGCCUUGA